UCGGGUUAUAUUUGCGCAGGUUAAGUUCGACAGAUUCUGUCUGAAAGACACGGUCGGUUUCUAAACGCUUAUCUAGAUCCCGAGCAGUGUACAUUAGACAACAGUUGAAUACAAAAAAGGGAAUUGUGGGAGAUUCGUGUCACAUAGUUCACACGAGCCAACACACAAGCAUAUACAGGCCUACAGGGAAUGUACGCUUUUUGCGGACACGGUGCAAAUUUGAACUAAGGCGUUGGUGAUAGCUGUGAGCCGUCAGUCGAUAGCGGUCACCAUCAAAAACGGGAAAAGAUGUCGGCCAGCCAUGUGUACUGUGAAGGGAGACUACAGGAAACGGUUCAGACGAGUGGACUUUACAAAGACAGUAAGACUUUUGUCGACAUGCCGAUGAAAAAAGACCCAGAUGAGAUACUGAAGCGUUUUGAGGCUUUGCCUGAUCACCCGGAUCAAGAGACUGUCAGACUCUUUGUGGAGGAGAACUUUGGCCCUCCGGGAUCGGAUACAGAGUACGUCAAGCCAGAGGACUGGCGAGAAAGUCCGAAAUUUUUGAACGAUAUCAAAAACCCGGAAAUACGUCUGUGGGCAUCUCACCUGAAUAAUGUGUGGAGAAGCCUGUUUAAAAGGACUAUACCAGAUGUAGCCAUCCACCCCCAGCGCUACUCACUUCUGCCUCUACCACACAGCUUCCUCAUUCCUGGCGGACGAUUCCGAGAGAUGUUUUACUGGGACACUUACUGGGGAAUCAAAGGUCUUCUGCUGUGUCAAAUGAGCUGGUCUGUAAAGGGCAUACUGAGGAACUAUGUCUCUCUCAUCAACAGAUUUAGUUACGUACCUAACGGUUGCCGUGUGUACUUACUCGAGCGAUCGCAGCCCCCUCUGCUGGCGAGUAUGGUGGAAGAUUACAUCAUCGCCACGGGAGAUAAUCAGUUCUUAGAUGAGGUUUUACCAGCACUUGAACAGGAAUAUGUGUUCUGGACCGAGUACCGUGGAAUCAAUAUUGCAAAGAAUGGUGAAACGUUUAGACUUCAGCGAUAUCAAGGAUCUGUCUCCAAACCACGCCCCGAAUCUUUCAAAGAAGACCAGAGCAUAUUUCUUAAAGCCGAAGAAAAGCGCUACUCAGAGCUCAGGGCAGCCUGUGAGUCGGGCUGGGACUUCUCCUCCCGGUGGCUCCGUCGUUCAGGCCCCAACAAAAUGUCCCUCGCCGGUAUCCGCACAUCCCAGAUCGUCCCUGUAGACCUAAAUAGCAUUAUGUACAUGAUGGAGUCCAGUUUGGCCAAUCUGUACAAAAUAGUAGGAAAUACAGACCGCCGGACGUAUUUUGAUCAACAAGCUACGCUCCGCGCAAAAGCUAUAGAGGCUAUAUUUUGGGACGACCAUUAUGGUUGCUGGUUUGAUUAUGACCUUGAGGAUAACAUACCCAGACAGUAUUUCUACGGUUCGGCGGGGUUUCCAAUGUUUGCUGGCUGUCAUGGCACAACACUAAGCUCCAAAGCUCAGAAAGAGGCACGGUUCUUGAAAUAUCUACAGUCUGCAGGCGCCCUGAGUUUUCCGGGUGGCAUUCCGACAAGCCUGGACUCUACAGAUCAACAAUGGGACUUCCCUAACGCCUGGCCGCCAUUGAUGCACGUCAUUAUCCUGGGCCUUGCUCAGAGCGGCCAUCACGCCCUGCAAAAUGCGGCGCUGGACCUGGCACAAAAGUGGCUGCGGUCUAACUACAGGACCUGGAAAAAAAGUGGUGACAUGUUUGAAAAGUACGACGUACAGCGGACGUCAGCUCCAGGUGGUGGUGGGGAGUACGACGUACAGGUAAGCCGAUGUUGUCACAGAGUUUGUGACAAUCUGGGAUUCUUUGGUACCCCAGCAUCUUACUCACUUCUAAGAACCUUUACACCUGUAGACGCUGUCAGGUGUUGCUCAACAACAGCAGGACAUGGCAGAAAACAAGCAGGGCGCUUUCGGGCGGGAAUCAACAGGACAUUUAUGUCAGGGAAAUGUAAUGUCAGUGGUAAAUCGCGAUCCACAUCUUUAAGAUCUGUUUCACAAUAUCUAUCCUUGUUAAUUCAAACUCGUAACCAAACGUCAUUAAUGAGGCCAAACUAUUGGGAAACGCUGUGACUGGAUUUGCAAUCUGUUGCCUGCUCAAGGGUAACAGUGCUUAAUUAAUUACAUGUUUUCCUGAAGCCCAAACCUGAUUCACAGCACCCACUGUUUCUCCCUGAACACGAGUAAUGCAGGACACUGGUCGCUAGAGCUACGGAAUAAUGUCCAUUCAUGUACAAUUCAUUAAACGGAGGUAGCUAGCAUGUUGGCUGCUGUACAAACUCUCCGACUUUGCUCUUUCACGUCGUAUUUCUAUAUAAAGAACUGAUAACCAAUAAAGGAUAAGAAAAAUUAACUAAAGCGCCAGUAUUAGUUUUCUAGUAAAUAUAUCACGAAAAACGACGAAGUGUUGUUGGUUAUAGAAUGUAAACAAUCUAUGCUUUGAUAAAGCACAUGUACUUGUCCUAAAUGUGUAUUUUAUGUCUACAUUUGCCUGUCUACAUUUGCUUGUCUACAUUUGCUUGUCUACUAGAUUGGUUUUGCAUGGACCAAUGGAGUUGUAUUAGAUUUGAUCCGACAUUUUGGACAUGCGCUUGAUGGUAUGGACCUCGGCGAGGCAUAAGUGAAUGCACCAUGAAAGGAACAGACCUCAGGCCAAGGGCGUUCAACUCACAUGGUCGUAUUUAACAGAACAUCGCGAUUGAGCUGUAUUGGGGCGAACGGCGAUGUCACUUCCAAAACAUUUCCAUUCAGUAAAUGUACAGUAAAUACAUUGCAUAAUCAAAAUAUCAAAUUUACUGCUGAAAACUCCUUACAUAUCCAGAUGAAUAGAUGAUUAGUCAACCAAAGAAGAGCACUGUCAUGCCGACAUAACAGUGUGAAGCAUCGCCACAUUUCUUCCCCGUCAUUUGCUUCCCCGUUACUCAUCUAGCGGUAUGUUUAACCUCGAAAACGUUCGAAAAAUAUUUUGAGUUCGAACUCUUUCAUCGCUAAAGGUGUAAACAAGUUCUAUUGUACCAUGUAUACUAUGACGUGGGAAUUUCACAAAAAAUAUCGUGAAUAUAAGAAGAUCCUAAAGGAAUGGGUGUCAUCUGUGCCUUUGGAACACGGAAAGAUUGCUGACUGACAAAUUAAUGUCAACAUUUUUGACAGGUCAAAAUGAUUGGCCAAGAAUCUUUUACCUUUAGCGACAAAAGUAUUCGAUAUCAAAACUCGACUAAGCUGUGAAACUGGAUCCUGACCUAUACAAUAUGAAAUAUUUGGUGUUCUCUCUCUCGGUACUCAGACGCUGUUAUAUGACUCUGACAACCAUAUAAAAAACGUUAUGCUCUUACAAACAGCAAGAUAAAUAAAGCUUUCUGCACGAUCCACGAUUU